CGGUGCCCGCCACUACGUAGCAAGCUCUGCGGUGGGGAAGUGGAGGCCGCGGCGCGUCUCUCUGCCCUUGACAGCCUUUCGCGUCUCCAUGGCUGCCCUGGUGGCUCUGCACGGCGUGGUCCGCAGGCCUCUGUUUCGCGGGCUGCUGCAGGAAGUAAGAUGCCUGGAGCGAAGUUAUGCAUCCAAACCCACUCUGAAUGAAGUGGUUAUAGUAAGUGCUACAAGAACUCCCAUUGGAUCCUUCCUGGGCAGCCUUGCCUCUCAGCCGGCCACUAAACUUGGUACUGUUGCAAUUCAGGGAGCCAUUGAGAAGGCAGGGAUCCCAAAAGAAGAAGUGAAGGAAGUCUACAUGGGCAAUGUCAUCCAAGGGGGUGAAGGACAGGCCCCUACCAGGCAAGCAACACUGGGUGCAGGUUUACCUAUUUCCACUCCAUGCACCACAGUAAACAAGGUUUGUGCUUCAGGAAUGAAAGCCAUCAUGAUGGCCUCUCAAAGUCUUAUGUGUGGACAUCAGGAUGUGAUGGUGGCAGGCGGGAUGGAGAGCAUGUCCAAUGUCCCAUACGUAAUGAGCAGAGGAGCAACACCAUAUGGUGGGGUAAAACUUGAAGACCUGAUUGUAAAAGACGGGCUAACUGAUGUCUACAAUAAAAUUCAUAUGGGUAACUGUGCUGAGAAUACUGCAAAGAAGCUAAAUAUCUCACGGAACGAACAGGAUACGUACGCUCUCAGCUCUUACACCAGAAGUAAAGAAGCAUGGGAGGCAGGGAAGUUUGCCAGUGAGAUCACUCCCAUCACGAUCUCAGUGAAAGGUAAACCAGAUGUGGUGGUGAACGAAGAUGAAGAAUACAAGCGUGUUGACUUUAGUAAGGUGCCGAAGCUCAAGACAGUGUUCCAGAAAGAAAACGGCACAAUAACAGCUGCCAAUGCCAGCACACUGAACGAUGGAGCAGCUGCUGUGGUUCUCAUGACUGCAGAGGCAGCCCAGAGGCUCAAUGUUAAGCCAUUGGCACGAAUUGCAGCAUUUGCUGAUGCUGCCGUAGACCCCAUUGAUUUUCCACUUGCACCUGCAUAUGCCGUACCUAAGGUUCUUAAAUAUGCAGGACUAAAAAAAGAAGACAUUGCCAUGUGGGAAGUAAAUGAAGCAUUCAGUGUGGUUGUACUAGCCAACAUUAAAAUGCUGGAGAUCGACCCCCAAAAAGUAAAUAUCCAUGGAGGAGCUGUUUCUCUGGGCCAUCCAAUUGGGAUGUCUGGAGCCCGGAUUGUUGUGCACAUGGCUCACGCCCUGAAGCGAGGAGAGUUCGGCCUGGCUAGUAUUUGCAAUGGAGGAGGAGGCGCUUCGGCCCUGCUGAUUGAGAAGCUGUAGACAACCUGUUUUAGGAGACAGUGCCAUGUGAUCUGCUGAAGUAAAUUCAGCCUUGGGCCAGGGGCUGAAUAUCAGCAUAAGCUAUUUCAUUUUUUAUUAUUUUCUACUAAAAUUUUUAAAAAUCAUAUCCAAAACCACACUGAAAUUACAAAUAAAAAUUUCUUCUUUAAUUUUUUUUUUUUUUUUUUGGUAAACUUAAACAGUUGGAUACUCUAUUAUUUGAAAUACCAAUAUAGGUAUUAGAGGCAUGGCUCAGCAGUUAAGAGAAUUUGUUGCUAGCUGGGUGGUACAUGGCUUUAAUCCCAGCACUUGGAAAUAGAGGCAAGUGGAUCUUUCUGAGUUUAAGGCUAGCCUGGUCCACAGAGCUACUUCUAUGACAGCCAAGAGUACACAUAGAAGUAGAAACUCUGCAAACAAACAAACAAACGAGCAUGUGUUGCUCACACAGAAAACACUUGGUUUCCAGGACCCACACGGGGUGACACAGCAGGGAGGACUUGCACUGCACGCAGUCUGAGGUCGUCCUGUGCUUGCCUACCUCACUGCUGCCGGUGCAGCAGAAGCCAGCCUUGGGGAUAACCUGUAACCGGGGUCUCUCCUUAUGAAGGCACGGUAAAGUUCCAUCAUUUUUACGUCUAAAUACACCAAAGAAAUGAGAAUAUCACAAUAGCAGCAACAAAGUUCCUUGACUCUCCCAAGCCCCAAAAUAAUCUAACAUCCAUGGACUUCUAUUCUGCCAUUAGAAUGAACACUGGCUGUUUAUGUUUUGUUUUGUUUUCGAACUUUAAUCCUUGGACCGUCAAAAUUGGUUUCAAAUAAAGUUAUGUGAAUGAAAAUGAAAAUUUUAAAAAA